UUCCCAAUUCAUGCGUGGUCGAGUGGGUUAGUAUAAAAUGACUUUUCAACCACCAAUAAAAGCAUCCAAUAAACAACACUAGCAAAAAGAGCAAGAAAAGAGAGCAACACAUCAAUACAAUUUGAACUCAUAAAAAUUAGUUAUCUAGCUAAUUGUACAAAAAGAUUUCAACUUUAUGGCUUGUAAAUUCUCCACACUUAUAAUUUUCUCCCUUACAUUCUUCACUAUUACACAAGCUCAUUUAUCUGAAAAAUCCUUUAACAUUAACUUAGCCAAAAAUACACAAAAAUUAACCAAACUUCGCUUUUACUUCCAUGACAUACCAAAUGGAAAUAACCCUACAGCAGUUAUAAUUGCAAGACCAGCAAACCAAACAACUAUUGGUUUCGGCACCCUUGUCAUGAUCGAUGAUCCUUUAACCGAAGGCCCCGAGCUAAGCUCGAAACUCGUUGGUAGAGCUCAAGGAUUGUAUGGUGAGUCCUCUCAGGGUAAGUCAGGCUCGUUGUUGAUGACCAUAACUUUGUCUUUCACUCAAGGGAAGUAUAAUGGGAGUAGCAUUAGUAUCUUGGGCCGGUACCGUGUGGCUGAACCCGUAAGAGAAAUGCCUAUUGUUGGAGGCACCGGUGUUUUUCGGCUUGCUCGAGGUUAUGCUUUGGCAAAGACAUACCGGUAUGAUGUUAAGACCGGAGCUGCUAUAUCUGAGUACAAUUUGUUAGUGUUACAUUAUGAUAUUCCCUUAGUUGAAUAAGCUUAUUUGAUUUGUUCCAUUUACAAUGUUUGUUGACUUACAAAUUUUGAACAUGGAAAGCUUUAAGCUUUAUGAAGAAUCUAUGUGUGUUAUGUACUUGGAACUUUAAAAGCAAUUUCAUUACAACUUUUUUCUAAUACAUUUAUUUUUUGAAAAUUUUAUGGAAAACUACCCCAAAGAUGGCCUGUUUUGUGUACUCGUUAUUUUUAUUUUUAUUUUUUUAUUUUAUUUUUUUUUUGUUUAAAACUACCCAUAAGAUGACAAACGUUUGUCUAGCACUACCCAUAAAUGGUUUUUGUCCAAUUAAGCCGCUUGUGGGGCUCAUUCUUACGGUUUUCCAUCCAAUUAAAUCCCCUCUUCAACCACCUCUCUCUUCCUUCAUUUACUAUUCCUUCAUUUUCACUCCUCUUCUUUGACCUCCACCUUUCACCAUCUUAAUUUGACCUAAGAAAAUCUCUAAAUUCAUCAAUUUUUUAGAAAAUUAUGUAAUUUAAUUUGUGGCCUUUAAAUUAUAAAUCGUUGAACAUAAUAAAGUAAAUGAAGGAGAGAAAUGAGUGAAAAACCACAGGAGUGGGCCCCACAAAUGGCUCAAUUGGACGAAAACGGUCUAUGAGUAGUGCUAGACAAACUUUUGUCGUCUUAUGGGUAGUUCUAAACAAAUUUUUAAAUAAAACGGGUAAUUAUUCACAAAACAACCUAUUAUCUUUAG